AUGGCAGCACCAAAGCAGCCUCAGCAAAGCAUCUCACAUCCAAACGGCUGCAUCCCUAGGUCAGGCGCUGGAGGGGUCCCAGGACCACCGGGCAUCAUUCCUGGAGCUUUCCGUGUUGUGCUCCAGGGAGCAUCUUUCACACAGAGAGUCAGGGAAGUGGUGCCCCUCAUUGGCAAUGUGCCUGUGAACACAGAUGAGGAAGGGCUUCGAGCAGUUAAAACUGUUUCUCAAGUAAAUGUAGCCGGGUUUGCCCGACAGGUUAAAAUCGGUUCCAGUUUUAGUCACGGGAGGCAUUUAGUUGGGCUGCCACAUGCGAUGAUCAUUCCACCUGGACUCUUCUUUGUCCUCAGGUUUGGGAGAAAGUUGAUUCUCAGAUGGUGUCUCCUACAGCUUACCAUCUUUGGGACCAGUUCAGCUUUUGCUCCCACCUUCCUCAUUUACUGCUCACUACGCUUCUUGUCAGGUUGUUCUUCCAUUGUCAUCCUGACAAAUGGUGCUAUGCUCAUCAUAGAAUGGAUAAGGCCCCCAUCUAAAGUCAUGGCAAUAACACUGAUAACUUGUGCCUUAAGUAUGGGACAGAUACUAUUGGGAGGACUGGCAUUUGCCUUUCGAGAGUGGUGCACUCUGCAGCUGGUGGUGUCUGUACCUUUCCUUGUCUUCUUUCUCUCCUCAAGGCAGAUAGUGGAAUCUGCUCGAUGGCUGAUUGUCAACAAUAAACCAGAGGAGGGCUUGAAGGCACUUAGAAAAGUUGCACACACAAAUGGAAUUCAGAAUGCUGGAGAUGCCCUGACCUUGGAGAGUUUGAGAUCCAGCAUGCAAGAUGAGCUGGAGGCAGCACAGACCAAAGCUACUGAGUUUGACUUGUUCCGCACCCCCAGCUUGCGUAAGAGAACCUGUCUCCUGCUAUUUGUGAGAUUUGCAAUCACAAUACCCUUUUAUGGCAUCAUGAUCAAUCUACAGUACUUUGGGAGCAAUAUUUUCCUGUUCCAGGUAGUCUUUGGAGCUCUCACUGCCAUAGUCCGAUGUCUUCCUCUUUUAGUACAGAAUCAUAUGGGCCGUCGAACAACCCAGACACUUUUCAUGUUCCUGGUGGGACUUUCUGUUUUGGUCAACACCUUUGUGCCCCAAGAAAUGCAGACCCUGCGUGUGUCUUUGGCAAGUGUGGGAAUCAGCUUUUCUGCUGCUUCUGUCACAAGUUUUUCUGUCCACCUCAUUGAACUCAACCCCACAGUCCUCAGGGCAAGAGCUUUAGGACUAGAUACAGUGGCUAGUAGGUGUGGGGCAACACUGGCUCCCCUCUUGAUGACCCUAAUAGCCUAUCUUUCCACUUUGCCCUGGAUCAUCUAUGGAGUCUUUCCCAUCAUUGCUGGUCUUGUUGUCCUUUUCCUACCUGAAACAAGGAAUCUUCCUCUGCUUGACACCAUCCAUGAUGUGAAAAAUAACAAAGAAUUCUCAAGAAAAGUAAAUGAAGUAAAUGAAAUAAAUUCCUCUGUAAAAGUGACAAAAGUUUAAGGUGUUUUCAUGAGCUGAUUGGUGAGGAAAA